AUGGCUGAGAACAAAAGAAUAGUGGCUCUCGAAACCAAAAUUAUUGACAUGGCUAUUGGGGCCAAAAGUAUUAUGCUGAAUGAUGCAAAGCAGGGGGCAAACUUAAUACCAAAACCUCCUGAAGAACAGGUACACAAAGAUACGUUUAAUCAAAGGCUAGACGCUAUCUAUGACGAAGAGACUUCUUUGCUGCAACUUCAUUCGAACCACCAGGAUGAAUACCCAAUGCAUGUGGCAGAAAUGCUAGUUGACUCGGCUGCAGGAUAUGAAUAUCUUAGUAUGCUCGAUGGUUAUUCCGGGUAUAAUCAAAUUUUCAUUGUAGAAGAGGAUGUUUCUAAAACAGCAUUUCGUUGCCCAGGGGCAAUAGGAACUUACGAGUGGAUCGUUAUGCCUUUUGGUCUUAAAAAUGCUAGGGCAACAUACCAUCGUGCAAUGAACUCUAUUUUUCAUGAUUACAUUGAAACCUUCAUGCAGGCUGGAGAUUUUAUGGGCUUCGUGGUCCACAAAAAGGGGAUAGAGAUUAAUCAGAAUAAAACAAAGGCUAUCAUGGAGACUAAAGCACCAUCCACUAAGAAAGAAUUGCAAUCUUUGUUGCUUAAAAAAUUCGAAUAUGUAGCCAUAAUGCAUGUCCCCAGAAUUAAAAAUCAAGAAGCUAAUGAUUUAGCACAAAUAGCUUCAGGAUAUAAAAUCUCAAGGGAGAAGCUACAGGAAUUGGUCGAAGUAAGAGGAAAAGCAAUGGCAACCAAAUUGUCUCCAAGUGAUUUGGAAAGAAAUCGUUUAGGUUACGCUAACGAAGAGGAGUUCGAAGUGUUGGCUAUUGAUGCUUUAAUAAGAACAUAUUUGAGAACUCCAAUUAUAGAGUAUCUUAAAGAUCCUUCGGUGAACACAGACAGAAAAACCAAGUAUAGAGCGUUGUCGUACAUUUUAACGGGAAACGAAUUAUUCAAGAAAACUCCUGAAGGCAUCUUAUUAAAAUGUUUGGGUGAGAAUGAGGCGUACUUGGAAUUAUCUAGUGUUCAUAGUGGAACAUGCGGGGCAUAUCAAGCAGGCCAUAAAAUGAAAUGGUUGCUUUUCAGAUACGGGAUGUAUUGGCCUACCAUGCUAAAGGAUUGUAUAGAAUUUGCUAAAGGCUGUCAAGAAUGUCAAAUACAUGCAGGAAUCCAACAUGCUCCUGCAAGUGAGCUUCACGCAAUUAUCAAGCCCUGGCCAUUUAGGGGUUGGGCUUUAAAUUUAAUUGGUGAAAUUCGACCUACUUCAUCUAAAGGUCAAAGGUACAUUCUUGUUGGAAUUGACUAUUUUACUAAAUGGGUCGAAGUAGUGUCGUUGGUAAAUGUAGACCAAGAAAUGGUCAUAGAUUUCAUUCAAAGACAAAUAUUAUAUAGGUUUGGAAUCCCAGAAACUAUAACAACAGAAACUAUAACAACAGAUCAAGGAUCAGUAUUUACUGGUCGAAAGAUGCAAGAAUUCUCAAAGGAAAUGGGACUCAAGUUGUUAAUAUCCACACCCUAUUAUGCUCAACCAAAUGAACAAGUCGAAGCAGCAAACAAAGUAAUUAUUGGUUUGAUAAAGAAGCAUGUAGGAACAAAGCCAAAAAACUGGCACAAGACACUAGAUCAAGUGCUUUGGGCUUUGGACAUGAUGCAGUCUUACCUGUCGAAAUCUACUUGCAAUCAGUACGGAUCCAAAAGCAAGGAGAAAUCCCGUAUAACCUAUAUUGGGAGAUGA